AUGCCUUACGAACCAUUACUAGAUCUAAACAAGUUCAAUGAGGUGACUUUGAAAAAUUUAACUGAUCAACUCGACAGAGUCUACACUUCCAACAACUUGCUCGUGCUUGAUCCAAUAUUAUCUCCACUCAUCAAUAGAUUAGCUUCGUUUCUGAUCAUCAAAGAACAUGCCAAGUGUCAAAAUGUUGCUUGGCUCAAUGAUGAUUUACUCAAAAUUCCAAUUGAUGUUGUUACGAAAUAUUCAAGCUUGGUUAUAUUAAUGCCAGAGUCGUUAGAGAAUCUUGGGAAACUAAAAAGUUAUAUAUCGACUAUUGCAAAGAAGGCGCAUGGCUUACGGUACAACUUAAUAGUUAAAGAUUUAUCCAAGACAUUUGUAUUCCAGGUGAACCAACAAUUUGAAGGUAUCAUUGACUUUGAAAAAAUCUUGAAUUUGAAUAACAAUAAUAAUAACAAUAAUAAUAAUAAUAAUGAAUACCAAUAUUAUGAUAAUGAGGAUAAGAAUAAAAUUGAAUUUGAAAUUGAAAACGAAAAUGAAAAUAAAAAUGAAAAAAAAGAAAAGAGGAUGCAUAUGAUGAUAAUGAAAAACAAUGAGAAGAAAAAGACAAUGCCAUUGGUUCCUAGACCCCUUUCUAUCACUUCAAAGAUAAAACUCUUUGAUUGGAAAACAGAUCCAAUUUACACUGACGGUAUACUAGUUACUGAAGAGACAAGUCAGUUUAGUGGAUUAAAUGACUAUUUUGAACGGCCUUUGAAGCAACUCAAUCAACUUUCUGAUGCAUUGAUCAAAUUAUUGUUUUAUGGCAUUAAACCUAACGAUAAGCACCGUCAUCAUUUCAAGUUGAGGAAUAUAUAUGGUAAGGGUAAUCAUUCCGAGUUGUUCAUUAAAAUGUUGAGAGAGUCCCAAAUACCAUCAUUUUUGAGUGAAAACAUGCAAACGACGGAGAUUGAAUUCUAUCAAGAUAAAUUACAUAGUAAUACUGACUUGGUUGUUAUUGAACGAAACGUUGACUUGUUUCCAGUUAUCUUUAGUCAACUAAAUUAUCAUGGAAUAAUUGAUGAUAUGUUUGGUAUCAACUUUGAGACUAUUGUGAAAUUUGAAGGUGGUAUUAGCAAUAAAGAUUUGGCAAAUGAUGAGUUAUACAAUAAUGAUUUGAAGCAUUUGAAUUUCUCAACGGUGGGUGCAAGAUUGAAUAGAUUGGCCAAGUAUAUUAAGCAAAGAUUUGAAAAUACCGGACGCAAUGAUGACGAUACAAAUAUCAAUGAGAUGAAGAAUUUGGUUGCCGCAUUGGGUAACUUAACACAACAGCAGGAACUUUUGAAAAAACAUACAUUGAUUGGUGAAAGCAUUGUAGGUAAAGUAGAGACCGAUUAUGAGAAAUUUUUAACUUUCCAAAACGAUGUGUUUGAUAUGGAUUAUAAACUUCAAAUAUCCAACUUGAAACUGUUUCUUAAUAACAACUAUCCAAUAGAAAACAUAUGGACUAUUAUUUUGCUCAUUGGAUACAUAAAUGACGGAAUAAUGAAUACGGACUUGGAGAUGAUAAUGACGGAGAUUCAUGAAAAUUAUGGCUUUAGUGCUGUAUUAUCGUUGCAGCGAUUGAUUGAUUUAAAACUAAUUCGUAAAGUCAACGAUUCGUCCAAUGACUUUUUUGCAUCCUUGGGCUUGACGAGUCAAAAGAAACACGCGGCUACUCCUCAAGUUGACGAAGACGACUCUGACGUGGGUAUUAGUGGUUGCAAAGAUGUGUUUAAGAGCAACUACACCUUGAUUAAUAAAUUCUGGAACUUGCACCCGCUGCCAGAAGAAGAACUCGAAGGGGAAGAAGAAGAGGAAAAAGGAGGACUAGGAAGAGGAAAAAAUAGGAGGGUGGAAGAUGGUAGAGGUGAUAAUGAUGAUAAUGAUGAUGAUAAUCAUCAUAAUAAUAAUAAUAAUAAUAAUAAUAAUAACAAUAACGACGAUAACAGUAGGAAGGAUAAUAAAGGUGUUAAUGGACAAGGAAGAAACUAUAACAAGAUGAAUGGGUUGAAGUCGAACGAUACACAUGGAAAUGAAAUAAAACAAGGUACCAGUAUUUUGAAGCUAUAUCCAACUCCAUCAUUUACCCUACCUGGAAAUACUGUCCCCAUAAUUUAUCGAAUGAUUGAAUCCUUAUAUUUCCGUGAUUUCCUUAAAUACAAACCAGUCAACAACAUCAAGAGACGACCCAACUGGGAUAAUCUCGGCUUGAAUACAAUGUUUGCAGGCAAAACAAUCGAUGUAAAUCUAGAGAAUGUGAAUGACGAUAAGCUGAAGUACUUGGUGAUUGUUAUAAUUGGGGGUAUUACAAGAAGUGAAAUGACAUGUUUAAAGUAUUUAGAGGAAAGAUUAAAGCAAAGAAAAAACGGCAGCGGUGCUUCGAAAAAAGUCAUAGUAUUAACAAAUGGCAUAAUUAAUAAUCGAAAACUCUGGCAGUUCAUAGACCAAUGA